AUGGUGUCUAAGUCGAGUGGUUUAACGUUGCCUGACUUUUCUAUUCACCUGGGUUCGAGUUCCCCUUUACGUACAUACAAAAGUUUUUUAAUUUUUUUCUUUUUUCUUUUUUUUUUCUUUGAUCUUGGAUCGAAACUGACCUUUGAUUUUUUCUUUUUUUUUCUUUUUUUUUUCUUUGAUCUUGGAUCGAAACUGGUGGAUCUGCAAGAGACAUUUGGGUUCGUAUCGAGAAUCAAUUUUGCAAUAACAAAGAGGCGAGAGCAAUCCAGCUCGAUAAUGAACUCCGCUCAACUGAAAUUGGUGACCAAUCCAUUCAAGCUUACUGCCAAAAGCUCAAGUCAAUUUCAGAUCUGCUUGCCAUUCUGAGCGCAAUCUUGUCAUAUACAUGCUCAACGACCUCAAUGAAAAAUUUGAUAACAUUAAUUAUGUUAUCAAACACAAAGAUCCGUUUCCCAGUUUUGAGACUGCAAAGUCAAUGCUUCAAUUGGAGGAAACAAGGUUGAAAAGCCCCAUAAACAUGGCUGGUCUACCGAUCUCAGCGUUUUAAGAAUUACCCAGAACGUGUAAUGGUCUUUUUGUGUUUCCAAAAGAAAACGGAAAAAAAAUUAAAAUAGCCAACAGAGGUUAUGGAGAAUAGAUGGGCUACACAGCCUACAUUCAACCACUAGACUAAGACAAAAUACUUGUAAAGUUGUGAAAGAGAUCUUAUAUAUUUACGCAAAAACCAUGAGUUAAGUUUUAACCGCAGUUAGUGUUUCCGUUAGCAAAAUUAACAGCCGUUAACUCGGG